UUGACAAUGAAAAUAAAGAGAAGAAGAUGAAGAAGAAAGAGCUAAGCUUUGAUGAUGCCACAUAGAAAUAAUGGUAGUAAUUGCGAAGCCAACUUUAAUUAUUCACUUGGAAAGCACGUCAUGGGAGGGGUGAGAUGGAUGGCCCCUUUUUUUAGUUUUGACAUUAAAUUUUCUUUUGCCCUUUUGGAUUCUCCAUUAUAUAACACACCUCAAACUCUCCUCUUCUCACUAUAUUUAUAUAUAUAACCACCUCAAACAAUUUCAUAAAAGAAAAAACACCAAUUCAACAACAUUUUGGUGAACUUUCUUCUCUAUAGUUCUAGUGAUUCUUUCUAUGCUUUGUUUAUUAUUCAUACACUGAAAUCAAUAAAAAUGGUUUCUUUUCACACCCCUCUUUCUCCAAAAAGAAAAAUUGCACCAAGAUUAGAAAACUUGCUCAAGAAGAGGAAAUUGGGAGAUCAUGAUGAUCAUGGUGAUAAUACUAAUCAAGCUGCUGCUGCUGCUGAUGAUGAUCAAAGUGUGAUGAUGAUGAAAUCAUCAAAGGCUGAUACAGAGCUACAUCUUGAACCUCGUAUUCCUCAAGAGUGGCAAAGAUGCCUUGAUAUCAAGUCAGGACAGAUAUAUUUUUACAAUACUAGAACAAAACAGAGGAUGUUAGACAACCCAGAAUCGCAGCCGCAGCCUCCGACGCCGCCGAGACAAAAUCACAUGAGCCUAGACCUUGAACUUAAUCUGCCAUGCGGAUCUUCAUCAACAUCAUCAUCAGCCAAAAAUCAGGCUAAUAAUCCCUCAACUGAUAACCAUCAUCAUCAUCAACACCAACAACAGCCAAUCCUGAUGGGUUCGGCGGCGGUGGCGAAUAAUAACAGCACCCCCGGAAAAAGGCUGACCCGGGCGCCGUCGUGGCUGACUUUCGAGGAAGGGGAGGAAGAAAUGGUGGCGGCGGCUUGCCGGAAGUGUCAUAUGUUGGUGAUGAUGUGCAAGUCUUCGCCGUCUUGUCCCAACUGCAAAUUCUUGCACCCUCCGGAGCUCAGUAAUUCGCCUACUCUUUUGAAGAGGAGGCUAAGCCUUCUUUGUUAAUUUUUUUUUUCUGAUAUUAUAAUAUUGUAGUAGUAUUUAUAAAUUGUUGCUAUAAUAAUAAUUAUUAUUGAAAUCAGCAGGGGUUUUUGCAUUUAUCUUUAUAAUUAUUAUAUGUUAAACCGCAUAUUUAUUUUAUGCAUGUACUACUAUUUUCAUCUCCCAAAAUGAGAACAUAUAUUAUCAAAAAAUCGCUCAGAUUUUAGAUCGUCGCUUUGAAGAAUAGGUGCUACAUUACUUUAACGUGUAAGAUGAACAAAAUUUAGAGAUAUUACAUUUAUUCAUUAACUAAGAAAAAUUUAUGGUGGUUUUAAAUUUUUGUUGAUUGGGAAGAACUUUGAC